CACUGCACGCAGGUGCGCACCCGGCGGCUGAUGAAGGAGCUGCACGACGUGGCGCGCCUGAGCGACCGCUUCAUCUCGGUGGAGCUGGUGGACGAGAGCCUCUUCGACUGGAACGUGAAGCUGCACCAGGUGGACAAGGACUCCGUGCUGUGGCAGGACAUGAAGGAGACCAACACCGAGUACAUCUUGCUCAACCUCACCUUCCCCGACAACUUCCCCUUCGCGCCGCCCUUCAUGCGGGUGCUCAGCCCGCGCCUGGAGAACGGCUACGUCCUGGACGGCGGCGCCAUCUGCAUGGAGCUGCUCACGCCCCGCGGCUGGUCCAGCGCCUACACCGUGGAGGCCGUCAUGCGCCAGUUCGCCGCCAGCCUGGUCAAGGGCCAGGGCCGUAUCUGCAGAAAGGCUGGGAAAUCAAAAAAGUCCUUCAGCCGCAAGGAAGCUGAAGCAACUUUUAAGAGCUUGGUGAAGACCCACGAAAAAUACGGGUGGGUCACCCCUCCCGUCUCUGACGGCUGAUGCAACUCACAGCUCACGCGUCAGAUGCUAUACAAAAACAACACGACGACAAAAAAUGAAGUACUCUUUGACAUUUCCUCAAUGCUGUAUUCCGCCUCCAUCCUUUUUCUACUUCAGCUUCUGUUAGAUUUCAUGAAUGUCAUGGAGACAUCCAAAUUA